AUGGAGGAGGAACGAAAGCAGGAAAAUUUUCAGGAACGAAAAAUUCAAUCAAUACAACAAGAGACAGCACAGCGAUCAGCAACGACGGUUGGAGCUAAUAAUGAGCAAACCAAUACACAUAAUUUUAGCAACGAAGACACCCAUCAACAAGCUCGACGCUCUACUAAAAGCGUCAAAUUUGGUAGAAAUCGUAAAUAUAGCAGUAGUGGUAGAAGUAUUUUUGCUCUGCCAACCAAAGCCUUCUUACCAAUCGCCUCGCGGCAUACAAAUAAUGUCUCACACAUUAAGAAAAUCCAAAUCGGCACCUAUUUGAUAAAUGUCUGGUUUUUUUCGCCUUACCCAGAAGAAUAUAGUAGAUUGGAGGUCCUGUAUAUAUGCGAGUUUUGUCUCAAGUAUAUGAAAGGGAGCUUUGUAGCCCACAGACACAAGCUCAAAUGUCCUUACAAGUUCCCUCCUGGUGAUGAGAUAUACAGAGACGGUUAUAUUUCUGUUUUUGAGGUGGAUGGCAAAAAGAACAAGACUUACUGCCAAAACUUGUGCUUGUUGGCCAAGAUGUUUCUCGAUCAUAAAACUUUAUACUACGAUGUAGAGCCUUUCUUAUUCUAUAUUCUGACAGAAACAGACAAAAAUGGAUGUCAUUUUGUUGGCUAUUUUUCUAAGGAAAAGAAAUCAGCCUUCAAUUAUAAUUUGUCAUGUAUAAUGGCAUUGCCUUCUUGCCAACGAAAGGGCUACGGUCAAUUUUUGAUUGAUUUCAGCUAUUUACUAUCUAGAAAAGAAGGCAAAACGGGGUCUCCAGAAAAGCCACUUUCUGAUUUAGGGUUGAUCACUUAUAGAAAGUAUUGGCUUCGUGCCAUUCAAAAGCAACUAAGAUGUUAUUCUGAUAAAAUCACAACACUCGAUGGUAAUUCAAAGAGCAUAUACAUGCUAACAUCUUGCAACCAUCUAAUAGAAUAA